AUGAAAAUCAAAAAGGCACUGAGCAAGGCAGAAAGGCUGGAGUGGACUAGCCGGCUGUUUCUCAGUGUGACAGACGAGAAUGUGAAAAAGAACUCAGAGACGCAAGUCGAGCAACUGGCACGUGCCUUAUCGGAUUUGCUGUCAAUGACGCCACAUCUCUACACCUACAUUGCCAGAGUAACUCGCUGGAAAGAUUUUGUGACGCAAGCUGGAGUUUCGAUCAAAGGCAUGCGACAUGUGCAUUACCUACGGUUUUGCGAGCGGAAAGAUAUGGGUUCUGAUAUUUUGGACAAUGUUUCCGAGAUUGAGGAGUACAAGUCUGGUGACAGACAUCCCGAAGACAUUUUCUUGAUUACAAAAAGGUGGCUGGCUGAUACCCAAAUGUCUCGAGUGAUCUGUGUGAUGCCAGCUGGUGUGGCGAAACAGCUUCGAACGGGGCAUUACUUGCCAAACGGCCAAGCUGACAGGCCUGCAUCGUAUCCCAUUUUGGGCUACCGUUACAUCCCUGAAAUGCGUGCUGAAUCUUUGAUGGCUGGCACCUGGACUGUGCCAACUCGCCGGAAAAUUUUUGACUUGUCCAUGGGUCAUGAGGACAUGGAUCAGAACGCCUCUUCAACUCGAUCUGAUGAUGGAGUUCUGCUGGCUUCAGAUGAUGAGGAGCUGCCGGAUUCCAAUGCCAGGCUGCGAAAGCUACCUUUCAAUCAUGUUCCCAAUGUCUCUGACUUUGUGCAGACGUUCCUGCAGGAACCGAUCUUUGACCCUUUGCGCCAGAAGUUGGCUGCCACAUUGCGGAAUGUGGACACGCUUACGGUGGGGAGCAUGUGCUCCGGAUGGGGUGUUCUAGAGAUGGUGCUUCACUGCUUAGAACAUGACUGGAAUGAAACCAAUGCCGGGAAGUCAGACAUGAAGGUAGACCUGGCAUUCAUGGUGGAAUAUGACACCAAGAAACAGGAGUAUUUGAAGACCCGGUUCCCCCAUGCGCGAUAUGUGUUCAACGACAUGAAGGACAUGGGCAACAGAGAAGCUGCAACCUGGGAUGGGAGCGUCCACAAAAUUCCCAAGUCUGGCUCGGGCUUCCAAGCAGUGAAAAGUUACUGCGAAAGGUACGACCAGAUUGAAAGGGUCUUGGAAGGACUUGGGUAUCUGGUCACCGGUUUGGAAUGCAACACCGCCAACUAUGGGCUUCCCCAGCAGCGCAGCCGAGCGUGGUUGAUGUGUAUCUUGAAAUCCCAAAGUUUGUUCAAAGCAGUUCAUGAAAUGCCUCGAGAUUUGGAAUUGUUCCAAUGCCAACCCUUGUCUUUGGAAUUGCUGAUUUCAGAGACCAUGACCCAUGGAGCAGAUUCGAAAUCAUCCAAGCCUGCCAACGGCAAGUCGGAUGCGAAGUGGAAAGAAGCUCUCAAGGAGAUCUACAAACGGCUUGGCAAGGCGAGCUGGGAUUACUGUGCUGUCAGCGGCUGCGGGAAUUUGAAUCUCAAAAUUUUGACUGUUCACAUCAAAGCGUUCCAAAAUUUCUGGCACAGCCCCAAUGCGACUGCACCACAGCCGUGGCAGGAGAAGGUGGAUGCUACGCUGGCAAAACUCCGCCCCAAAGCAACGUGCUGCAGCGACCGUGAGGUGGCCGUCCUGGCUACUGCCAUUCAAGAGGUGAUCCAGAAUAAGAACGUCGAUCCUUUUGAAAAGUUGAUGGUCAUACAAGUAGUCCCUUAG